AUGCAGAGCAUUUCAAUAGAGAUAAAAUGAAAAUCAAAUCAAAAUAUGGAGUCCGAGAUCUGGAUAAAUAAAAGGGGAAGAGCAGGCCCAUUGUUUCCAACUAUCGCAGGUCUUUAAGCAGUGAUCACAUCUGAGCAUUUAAGGGUAAAGAUAGAUCUUAAGGCGACGGAUGCACGGUGCGUUGAGGAUCUUAUCAGUGCGAGCUUUAACCAGCAAAGUCUGCUGGACCAAAAGAGUUGCAUUUGUGGAUCUGAAAUGGUCGUCGUCUCAUGUUAAGAUGCUGAGAAUAUCCUUUGGUGGAAGCAUGAAUGAAAACAACAGUAGCAGCACCAGUAUUAAUACUGUUAGUAAUAUUUCUAAUAAUAAUGAUGCCUCCAACAGGCACCAUUUCGGUACUAUCAGCGGCGGUGGACUCAGUGAAGAUAGGCGAAUUACCUUUGGAUAUUCUAGCUUCCAAGGAAAGAGAGCAACAAUGGAGGAUUUCUAUGAUGCAAAAAUUUCAAAGGUAGAUGAUCAGAUGGUUGGCUUAUUUGGUGUGUUUGAUGGUCAUGGAGGUUCUCGUGCUGCUGAAUAUUUGAAGCAUCACCUUUUCGACAAUUUGAUAAAGCAUCCCCAAUUUGCCACAGACACCAAGCUGGCUUUAACUGAAACGUAUCAGCAAACUGAUUCUGAAUUCUUAAAGGAAGAGAGUAGUAUAUAUAGAGAUGAUGGUUCAACUGCUUCAACUGCUGUAUUAGUAGGGGAUCGCCUUUAUGUUGCCAAUGUGGGAGAUUCACGAGCAGUAAUACUGAAAGCAGGCGAAGCUGUUGCUCUUUCUGAAGACCAUAAACCAAACAGGAGUGAUGAACGCCAGCGUAUUGAGCAAGCUGGAGGCAAUGUUAUGUGGGCUGGCACAUGGAGGGUGGGAGGAGUGCUGGCUGUCUCUCGUGCAUUUGGUAAUCGGUUGCUUAAACGCUUUGUUGUUGCAGAACCUGAGAUACAGGAAGAAAUUAUUAAAGAUGAUGUGGACUGUUUGGUGAUUGCCAGUGAUGGGCUAUGGGAUGUCGUAUCAAAUGAUGAGGCUGUUUCACUCGUCAAAUCAAUUGAAGACCCAGAAGCUGCUGCAAGGAAAUUGACUGAAACCGCCUUCAACAAGGGAAGUGCUGACAAUAUUACUUGUGUUGUCGUGCGGUUUAAUCAUGGCAAAGAUGAUUCACCUUGAUAUUAUUUCAGAUGCUUUUGUCCUAUUUUAUUGUGAGUUUAUGAUGAUUCGAAGUGGCCGCAGAACAAGAUGCUCUGUGAUUACGAGCUGUGCAUGUUUUAAAGGACAUUUGCUCCAUAUGUUUAUUGUAUUUGACUUUUAUGCCAGUAAUGGCACAUCACCUUCAUGUUUUUGUUGGUAUGUACUAAAUAAUGAAUGUGCAAUUGAGCAAUUUCUUGCAUUUA